UGACCCGGGGCUUUUCUCCUCCGUUCAUCCGUCCCGGCGAGAACAACGACGACGACAAACCCCCCAACAACGAGCCAAUUUUUUUGUGCUUAUUCUGCGUUCCUCGGCCUUUGCGUGUGUGUCGCGUUUCGUUCUUAACGACUUUUUUUUUUUUUUUUUUUUUUUUAACUCUGUGAGUGGACUUUCUGGCAGAGGCAGAUUUUUUGGUGGAGAUUUCGUCCUCUAAAAAAAAUAAAAACGUUUUAAAAACAGGCAACCUGAAAUAUCCGGUAUAAGCAGUUUCGGUGAGCUCCAGGCGUGCAAGAACUGAGUGUCUGUGACAGAUGGCAGUGUCAGGUCUUUGCAUCAUCCUCCUGCUUUUGCAUCAGAAACUGUUCUCGAAGGUUGAACGCCGUGUCCCGUAGUCCCAAUGUUUAGUUUACAAUAACUGGCAGAAGUGGCGCCUAGGCGUGCUGUCAUUAGGAAGAGGAGCGCCAUGGAUGUUCUGCGUCCCACCCUGAUAAGGAUCGGGGGAAGAAUUUACAGGAAGAAUCUCAUUCAGGAACAGGCCUACCAGCACGAGGAGGAAGAGGAUUUCUACGCAGGCCCUGGUGACUGUACAGAUGAACCGUGUGAUGCCUUUGUGGUGGAAGAGACCGAGAAAGGCUUCCAGUGCAGAGUGGAGGUUCCCAGUCCACUUUACAAGUACAUAAUUGGAAAGAAGGGAGAGACCAAGAAGAGACUAGAAACAGAGACUCGAACCUCAAUCAGCAUUCCCAGGCCUGGAGUGGAGGGAGAAAUUGUGAUUACAGGACAGCAGCGCAGUGGUGUCAUCUCGGCCCGGACGCGUAUUGAUGUUCUUCUCGAGAGCUUCCGGAAGAAGCAGCCCUUCACGCACUUCCUGUCCUUUCCUCUCAACCAGCCCGUAAUUCAGGAGAAGUUCCUGCAGUUCAGGGAGGAAGUGUUGGAGAAGUGCUCAAAGGAUCAUGGGGUCAGUAGCAGCCUGUUCCAGAACCCUGCAAAGCUGCAUCUGACUCUUGGGACGCUGGUACUCCUGAACGAACGAGAGAUCCAGAAAGCGUGCGACCUCCUGCAGAGAUGCAAAGAGGACUUUGUGGAUCAAAUUGCUGGAGGCAAACCCCUGACUGUGGAGGUGGCAGGGGUGGAAUACAUGAACGAUGACCCUGCCAUGACAGAUGUCCUGUAUGCAAAAGUCCACAUGAAGGAUGGCUCGGACAGAUUGCAGGUGAUAGCUGAUAAACUGGUGGAGCGGUUUGUGGCAUCCGGCCUGAUGCUUAAAGAAUGGGAUAGGGUGAAACUCCAUGCUACGGUCAUGAACACUGUCUUCAGGAAAGAUUCAAGUGCUGAAGAGCGAAAUGGUACAGUGACCGGUAAAUCAUCUUUCAAGGAACGGGAGUCUUUCAAUGGCCGAAAUAUCCUCAAGCCACCUGCUAGAUGGUGCCAUCGGAGCCGGCCUCCCGGAAGGGAUAGGAAGAAGGGGAGCGCUCACACGCGAGGACCUCUGGUAACUUGCUGGCUGACAUGCGAAACCUCUUUGAGAACUUCUAUUUUGGAGAGGUGCAGCUGGACGCAGUCCGUCUCUCCCAGAGGUUCUCCUCGGAUGCUUCUGGUUACUACGCCACGUCUGGGCAGCUAACCUUUUCCUGAAGUGGGAAUGUGGCUGCCUCAGCGGAUCCAACCUGUGCACAGAGGCGCAGCGAUUCAUCGGUAAAAUACAUUUUUAUAGGACAGGAGUUUUGGCCAGGGAUCCAAGAGCUCCAAAUGAGGAUGCCUCGUUACUCUUUGAAAGUGCAUCGCAGCCAGGGCAGGCUUUGCCCUUCCUCCAUGGUGUUUCCCCGCAGUUCUUCCUACGUACGUUGCCUGCCUUGCCCUCGGAGGGAACUGGGGCCCUUCCUCCUCCUUUCCUCAUUGAUUACAGAGAUGUUUCAAGUGCCUGGGGUUUUUUUUCCAAGUAAGCGACUAGAAAAACUGGUGCACGCGGCUUUGGGGGCAUCACCAAUGUUUGAAUAUGGCUUUAUUUCAGAAGGGGAACUUUAUUCUUAAAAUAAGUAUUUAAAAUCCAGGAGAGCUCCCUGGAGUGUGAUUUAACAAUAUUGAGGUCAGGCAUUGCUUGGAUCUCGCAGCGUGCCUGUGUGAUGUUGAUCUCCAAAUAAAUUAAUUCCCUUCAAAAGCAAA